AAUCUGGCAAUAAAAAGGUUUGUUACCUUCAUGUCAUUCUGAAACUUAUGUAACGUUUUUGUCCCUUGAAAUUAUGGUGUUAAUUUGAGAAAGUCAUCAAUCGUUUCAAAUGUUGGAAUUACAAAAUUGGGAGUAAACUUCAAUAACUUUUUAGUUGUACAAGGUAAAUUUUAAGAUAUCACGAUGAAUACCACACCAAUUUUGUUGAAUAAGGCUGCUAUGCGAAAGUAUGAAGAUCUUGAGAUACCAUGUGAGGCAGUCUUAGCUAGUUACGUGUGGAUCGAUGGAACUGGCAUCAACCUCCGCGCUAAAGACAGGACGUUUGAUUUUGUACCGAAAAUUGUUAAAGAUUUGCCGAUCUGGUAUUUUGAUGGUGGCAACACGGAUCAAGCGAAAGACGACAAUGCGGACACGUAUAUAUUUCCCCAAGUAAUCUACCACGACCCUUUUAGGAGGGGAAGCAAUAUAUUGGUGCUGUCGGAUACGUAUUCGUUUAAUUAUCAACCGACAAGCACAAACUACAGGAAAGCUUGCUUGAUUUUGUGCGAAAAGGGUGAAGUUGAAGAGCCUUGGUUUGGCUUCAACCAGGAGUUCUUUCUCACGGCCACAGAUGGCAGGCCACUGGGCUGGCCCCCUGGUGGCUUCCCCGCCCCUCCAGGACCCUACUACUGCGCUACAGGAGCCAACAAAAUCGUAGCUAGAGAUCUCAUGGAGGCUUUUUAUAGAUGCUGUCUUUAUGCUGGUGUACAGAUUAACGGUAUAUAUCCAGGAUCAACGCCGUCCCAGUGGAAUUUCCAGGUUGGUCCGAGUCCCGGUAUCAAGUCAGCCGAUGAUCUAUGGAUGGCGAGGUACAUAUUGGCCAGGUUGGCUGAAGAGUACGGUACCGUGGCUAAUUUUGAGCCGCAGCCCAUCCCUGACUGGCCUGGAAACGGUACCUUCGUCUACUUCUCUUCAAAAGACAUGAGAGAAGACGACGGCAUACUGGUCAUCGAGCGUGCGAUUGACAAGAUGGCUCGCAGGCACGGGGCUCACAUCAACGAAUACGAUGCGAACAGUGGUGGCGACAAUGUACGGCGACUCACUGGGAAGCAUGGAAUGCCACAUAUUAGAGAUUUUACCGCAGGUGUGGCUAACAGGAGUUGUUCGGUAAGGAUACCUCGCCACGUUUCUGAAGACAAGAAAGGGUACUUCGAAGAUCGACGUCCUGCCGCCAACGCAGACCCGUACAGAGUAAUUACAAUCCUACUAAAAACGUGUAUAUUUGAUGAGUGAAAUUCUGUAUAAAUAUUAGUGUUUUGUAAUCGUUUAGUCCAUUGACCAAUCACUCUGUUUGUCAAGAAAAUGUCCUAUAAAAUUAUUGUUGAUCAGUGUCU